AUGGUUCCAACACCGUUAGAAUAUUCAUGUUGGUCAAGACAUCGUACUGCAACAGCUGUAUCUGCAUUUGCUAUUUUCACAAGUAUUGUAAUGAUUAUUGGUGUAUUGAUUGUUUGUUUUACAUCACCAAAACGAACAAGUGAAACAUGUCAACAUAUGUUUAGACGAACAAUGAAAAGUUCAAUUAUUUAUAAUUCUCAACCGCGAUCUGUUGCUAUUGGAGAUUUUAAUAAUGAUAAUAAAAUAGAUAUUGUUGUAGCCAAUUCUGGUACAAAUACAAUUGGAAUAUUUCUUUCAAAUGAUAAUGGAACUUUUAUAAAUCAACAAACAUAUUUAACUGGUUAUCAAUCUCGUCCUUAUUCAAUCAUUGUCAAUGACUUUAAUAAUGAUCAUUAUCAAGAUAUUGCUGUUGCUAAUUAUGGUAACAAUAAUAUCGGAAUUUUUCUUGGAUAUAGUAAUGGUACAUUUCAUGACCAAAGAAUAUUUUCACUUGGUUCUUCUCAUCCAUUAUUUAUCACUACAAAUGAUUUCAAUAAUGAUAAUAAAAUGGAUAUAGCUGUUGUUAAUUAUGGUACGAAUAAUAUUGGAAUACUUCUUGGAAAUGGUGAUGGAUCAUUCCAAAAUCAAAUAACUUAUUUCAUCGCUUAUGAUUCUAUUCCAUAUUCUUUAGCAAUUGGUGAUUUCAACAAAGAUAAUCAAUUAGAUAUUGCUGUGGUUAAUUAUGGUACAAAUAACAUUGUUAUUCUUCUUGGAUAUGGUAAUGGUAGGUUCGAAAAUAAAAAUAUUUAUACAACUGAUAUAAACUCCAAUCCAUCUUCUAUCGUAGUUGGAGAUUUUAAUAAUGAUAAUCAUUUGGAUAUUAUUGUUGCAAAUAAUGGAAAUGGAAAUAUUGGGAUAUUUCUUGGUUAUGGUAAUGGCAAUUUUACAGAACAAUUAACCUUCUCAAUAAGUUCCAAUUCUCAUCCACAAUAUAUUACUGUUGGUAAUUUUAAUAAAGACAAUAGAUUUUAUGUUGUUGUCGUUGAUUCGGAAAACGAUCAAAUACAUUUUCUUUCUGAAUAUGAUAAUGGAGCUUUUACAAAGGUAACCACUUAUGAUGGUAUAUCAAAAUCCAAUCCUUUUUCAAUCGCCAUCGCUGAUUUUAACAAAGACAAUCAAUCAGAUAUUGUUGUUGCUAACUAUGCUACUAAUAAUAUACUUAUACUUAGUGGAUAUUUCAGUAUACCAUCAACAAGGCAAACCAACUAUUUUGUGGGACAAAAUACUCGUCCAAACUGUGUUGCAAUUGCAGAUAUUAAUAACGAUGGACAACUUGAUUUAAUCGUUAGCAAUCAUGACAAUAAUGUACUUAUAUUCACUGGUUAUGGUAACGGAACUUUUUCAAAGAACAUGGCAUAUUCAACAGGCGAAAAUUCACUUCCACAUUAUGUUGUUGUUAUUGAUUUGAACAAUGACAAUCGAAUGGAUAUUGUUACUGCUAACUAUGGUUCUAAUACUAUAGGUGUACUUCUUGGACAAGACAAUGGAACUUUUGCUAAUGUAACAACGUAUUCUACAGGUAUUAAUUCUUUACCAUGGUCAGUCGCUGUUGGAGAUCUUAAUGGAGAUAAUAUACUAGAUAUUGUUUCCGGUAACUGGGGCUUUACUUAUGUAAGUGUUUUUCUUGGACUUGGUAAUGGAAUUUUCGGUAAUACGACAACAUACUUUACUGGUUAUGACUCUAAUCCAAUCUCAGUCGUUGUUGGUGAUGUCAACAAUGACAAUCGAUUAGAUAUUAUUACCGCUAAUCAUCACUCUGAUAAUGUAGGUAUUUUAAUUGGAUAUGGGAAUGGAAGUUUCAACGAUGUAACGACGUAUUCUGUUGGUCUUUAUACUUAUCCAACGUAUGUCGCUCUUGCUGACUUCAAUAGGGAUAAUCAACUUGAUAUUCUUGUUGCUACUUUACAAGGUAGUUUUGUAGGUGUUCUUCUUGGACAUAGAAAUGGAACUUUUGAAAAAGUCACGACUUACUCAACUGGCUCUACUUCUUCGCUAUAUUCUAUCGCUAUUGCUGAUUUCAACAAUGAUAAUCAGUAUGAUUUUAUUGUGACUGAUAUCGGAAAUAAUGUAGUAAUUAUCUUUUACGGAUAUGGUAAUGGCAGUUUUCAACUUGCAAGAACAUAUUCUACUGGUUUUGGCUCAAACCCAUAUAGUGUGACUACCGUCAAGUUAAAGAACAAAAAUGAAACCGAUAUUGUUGUUACUUUGUGGGGCAAUGGGAAUGUUGCUAUAUUAACUGAAUAUUAUGCUGCAGAAUUUGUAAAUCAAAGCGCUUAUACAACAGAUUCAGCUCCACAACCAUAUUCAGUAACUGUUGGUAACUUUAAUAAUGACAAUAAAGUGGACAUUGCCAUAGUCAAUUCAGGAACUGAUAAUUUAGAUGUACUUUUUGGUUCAAGUAAUGGUACGUUUGAAACAGAAACAAUAUAUUAUAUUGGUGAGAAUUUUCAUCCACAAUAUAUUAUCAGUGAUGAUAUAAACAAAGAUAAUCAUCUAGAUAUAGUUACUGCUAAUUCAAAAAAUGAUAGUAUUAGUGUAAUUAUGGGAUAUGGUAAUGGGACUUUUGCACCUCAAAUGAUUUAUUCUACUGGAACUGACUCAUAUCCAUAUGCAGUGGCUAUAAGCGAUAUGAAUAAUGAUAAUCGAUUGGAUUUAAUCAUUGCUAAUAGUGGAACAAAUAAUAUAGGAAUAUUGUUUGGAUUUAAUUAUACAUCAUUUCGAAGACAGACGACAUAUUCAAGUGAAGAUAGUUUAGGUCCAUGGGGAAUCAUCACUGAUGAUUUCAAUAAUGAUAACUAUCUAGAUAUUGCCGCUACCUUUUUCAAUAGUAAUAACAUAGGUGUUCUUCUUGGAUACGGUAAUGGAAGCUUUGGUAUUGUAAUAAUUCAUCCGACUGGAAAUGGUUCAGCGCCUCAAUCACUGGCUGCCUAUGAUUUUAACAAUGAUGGAGUAUUGGAUAUUGUCGUUGCAAAUUAUGGUACUAAUAAUAUAGUUAUUCUUCUUGGAUAUGGCAAUGGAAGCUUCGCUACCAUAGGUACAUAUUCAACUGGACAAAAUUCUCGACCUUACGCCGUCAUCAUUAUCGAUAUAAAUGAUGAUGGUCGAAUGGAUAUUAUUGUAGCAAAUUAUGGUACUAGCAAUAUAGGUAUUCUAUUUGGAUGUGGCAAUUUCAAUUUCACUACCAUGGUGACUUAUUCGACUGGAAAUAAUUCUGGUCCAGAUUCUAUCGUUGUUAGUGAUUUCAACAAUGAUGGUUCAUUGGAUAUCGCUGUUGCUAAUUAUUUUACUAGCAAUAUUGGUAUUUUCAUUGGACUUGGAAAUGGAAGUUUUAAAAGUGAAGUGAUUUAUUCAUCGGGAGACCUAUCGUUUCCGGUGUGGAUAACUGUAGGUGAUUUCAACAACGACAGUCGAAUUGAUAUCGCUACUGCUAAUUAUAAUAUGAAUAAUGUAGGCAUCUUUCUUGGAUGUGGAAAUGAAACUUUUGCUCCUGUCGUAACAUAUUCAACUGGGGAUGGAGAUGGAAGUUUUUUAUUGGGAAUCGCAUAUUCAACUGGCACUGGAUCUACAUCACAGGGAUUAGUUAUUGAUGAUUUUGACAAUGAUACUCGAUUAGAUAUUGCUGUCUCCAAUUAUAUGACAAAUAAUAUAGGCAUCUUUCUUGGAUACGACAAUGAACCAUUUGCAGGUGUGAUGACAUAUAGUACUGGUACUAGAUCACAACCAUAUUCGAUCGCUAUUGAUGAUCUCAAUAAUGAUGGUUGGUUGGAUAUUAUUGUAGCUAAUUAUGGUACUAAUAAUGUAGGUGUUUUACUUGGACGUAGCAAUCGAUUUUUUGAUCCCAUAAUGACAUAUUCAACAGGAGUUGGUUCUGCUCCAUAUUCUGUUGCAACUGGUGAUUUUAAUAGUGAU